GCACGAUUCGGCGUCUUUUUGUGCAGGGACUCGACGACUCGUGCGCCUUUGCCGAAUCUAAAUCUGGCGGCGCGUCGUUCACUUUGUCACCGCGUUGUAAUCGGCACCGGCAGGCAUCUUUGUCCAGUUCAUUCUAUCAGCCGCGUCUUAUCAAUCGCCUAAUCUUCUGUCGCACUUUUUUGCUGUACAUAUACCAUGUUCACCCCGUCGGCGUCACGCAUCGCAAGAACACUGCUUACCUCUGCGCGCCUGCAAACAGCUUCGAUCAACCCCACAUCUACCGCCAACCUAUACCGACCUCUCCUCACCCAGAAGUUCUUCUCCAACACAGCCAGAAUGUCUGAUACCGGCGUUCACAACCUUCAGACCAAGUCGGCCUUCGACGAGGCGCUCGGUGACAAGUCCAGCCUCAUGGUCCUCGACUGCUUCGCUACCUGGUGCGGUCCUUGCAAGGUCAUCGCCCCCCAGGUCGUCAAGCUCUCCAGCACAUACCCCAACGCCCGCUUCUACAAGCUUGACGUCGACGAGGUUCCUGAUGUCGCACAAGAGCUCGGCAUCCGCGCCAUGCCUACUUUCCUCCUCUUCAAGAACGGCGACAAGGUCGCCGAGGUCGUCGGUGCCAACCCCAAGGCUCUCGAGGCCGCCAUCAAGGCCAACGUCGACGCAUAGAUUGCGCAAACAUCACAUAUCCGCAGACGAUCUCGUUCGAUAGCUUAGCAUUGGGUAGGGAGGAAUAUGACUCAAAAGGCGGCAUUCUUAGGUGCACAUGGUACCUGCAAGUCUUCGACGUGGACAUGCUACAGACAGAUAUCAUGAUACCUU